UUCUGUUCCUGUUGUACAAAACAAGGAGGAAAUUUUGUUUUCAAUCUUUUGCUGCUGAUAAUGGCAUCUGAUGGCCAACUCUAGAUAAAGAGCUUUCUUUUAAAAAUCACAUAGCAAAUUUGUUACAAACACUGAAAAUGAAGAUUGGGUUUUAUUAUUGAAAUAAAUCCUGUUUCUCUCUGAGCUGGAGGUAAAUUGGUAGCUGCAACAUUCCUGCCACUCCUGGAUUAUAGAAACAUGUUAUUUAUGAAUGAUUUGACCAAAUGGCUUCAGUUAUUGAAGUCAUUGUGUCUCAUUGUGCUUUAAGGUUUGUAACCGGGAACAAAUGUUUCACACAUUGUGAGUUGUAAACUGAAUGGUUCCUUUAAGUGAACGGAGAAACAAUUUAUGAAUCUCUACUCAGCAAACUUUAGUUCUUACAUAGAUCUGUUAUUUCCUAUUCUUUACGCUCUAAUAACAUUUUUCUUUUGCAUGUAUUCAGUGUGAAGCUCCAGUCUGAACUGAUUUCCCACCUUUUCACAUUUUCAGUAAAUUCAUCAGUGAACAUUAUUUUUUACGUUUUUCUUUUUCCUCAACUUGCGAUAAACCCAUUCAGGAAUCAUUCAGGAAUCAUUCAGGAAUCAUUCAGGAAUCAUCAGGAAUCAUUCAGGAAUCAUUCAGGAAUCAUUCAGGAAUCAUUCAGGAAUCAUUCAUGCAUCUUAUUUUCAUGUAUCCAUCAAGAGACUGAAGAGACCAAACCAUUUUGGAUUAAACCUCUGAUCUUUUUCUUUAAACGGCUUCAUUUAGUUUAGUCUUUCUACCAGUUUAUUGACGCUGUAGAGGCCAAUCCAAAGCUUUGACCCAAAGCUUUAAGCCGCUGCUGUGGUUCAGCGGGUCGAUGCGCUGAAUGUUACCUGGUCAGGUUAAAGUCAGAGCCGUCCUUCAUCGUUCAGCAGGUCAUCUGUUUAUCUUCUUUGGACCAAUGAAGCCAAAAACAUUUUUUUUUACAAUGAUUCCACUAAACGCCUGUUGGCAGAACCUCGUUUCAUUCAGCUGUCAAAAACUGUGAACCUCUGCCUUCACCAAGAAACAUAAACCGCUGACUGACCAUUCACCCAUUCACAAAUUAAUUCAUUCAUUCAUCAUCUGCUCCUACAAUCAGCUGUCAGGUUCCAGCUGCAAAUGCAAACACUUUGAUUUUAAUCUGAUUUAACCUGAGCUGAGGCCGACAGGUAGAAACUGAUUCAUGAACAGCAGAAACAUGAACAGAAGAGCCGUCAGUCGCUCAGGUUUACUUGUUUUAUGCAACUAGAAUAACAGAAAAGUACCAUCAGACUGUAGAACCAAGAAAUGACUUAAACAGAACCUGAGACAACACGUCGCCCCAAACUGAAGGACGUUCCACAGCCGAAGAGCCGUCACAGCAGCUCCAGUGAAGCACGGUGGUGGCAGUGUGGUGAUCUGGGACCUGGACGUCUCUGUAACUGUUGGAACCAUAAUUUCAACUGAAGGAGAGGAUCUGACCAGCAUUUUAUCUCUGCAGGAUUUGGAGUGUCCCAGUCAAAGUUUGGACUUGAAUGUAAACAAGUUUACACUGGAAAACUGAAUUUAAUCAGUUUCUGCCCAGCUGGGGGUCAGAAAACACUGACUGCCAGGUUUCUACUGGUUCUGAAGGGAAGAGUGAGGUUACCUUUUCACACUGGACCAGAAUAUUCCCUCUCAUGUUCCAGAGGUAAAGAUGGAGGCCGAAGGUCCAUACGUCCAGGACGACCCGCACGUCAAGCUGAUGAUGGCGGGCUCGACCCUGAGGAAGGUCAAGUCCCGCUCCUGGAAGAAGCAGCGUCAUUUCCGCCUCCUGGAGGACGGCCUGACGAUCUGGUACAAAUCCAGAUGGGCGGGAAAGGGCCACUCCACCUUCUCAGUGAUGGACGUGGAGGCGGUGCGUGAGGGCCACCAGUCUGAGGUCAUGCUGAGCAUCGCCGAGGAGUUUCCUGCCGAGCUCUGCUUCACCCUGGUGUUUCACGGUCGCCAAGGAAACCUGGACCUGGUGGCCGACUCCCCGGAGGAGGCCCAGGCCUGGAUCCAGGGAGUCCGGAAGCUGAUCCACAAAGCCCAGAGCAUGGAUGAGCAGGAGAGGCAGGACCAAUGGGUGCGGGACUGGUUCCAGAAAGCCGAUAAGAACAAAGACGGGAAGAUGAACUUCAAAGAAGUGAAGAAGCUGCUGAAGAUGAUGAACGUGGAGAUGAACGAAGACGACGCUCUGCAUCUGUUUACGAUGGCCGACAAGUGUGAAAGUGGCUCCCUGGAAAUCGAGCAGUUUGUCCACUUCUACCAGAUGCUGACCCAGAGAGACGAGGUGUGGAAGGUUUUCCAGGAUUACUCUGGAGACGGAGAGCGGCUAACACUGGAGGAGCUGGAGAGUUUCCUGAGGCUGGAGCAGGGCGAAGGGGACCAGAGCUCCCAGCAUGCCCAGCAGGUCAUCCAGCGCUACGAACCCUCUGAGACGGCCGUGAAGGAAAGCUCCAUGUCGCUGGAGGGUUUCCAGACCUACCUGUGUUCCCAGGAGGGCUCCAUAUUCAACCCGGCUCUCCUGGAGCUUCACCAGGACAUGAACCAGCCGCUCAGCCACUACUUCAUCUCCUCCUCACACAACACCUACCUGCUGGAGGACCAGCUGAGAGGCCAGAGCAGCCUGGAGGCAUACAUCCAGGCGCUGAAGAGAGGCUGCCGCUGUGUGGAGGUGGACUGCUGGGACGGCAGCGACGGGGAACCCGUUGUCUACCACGGCCACACGCUAACGUCAAAAAUCCUCUUCAGAGACAUUAUCUCAACCCUCAAAGAGUACGCCUUCAAGGUAUCGGACUUCCCCGUCAUCGUGUCCCUGGAGAAUCACUGCGGCGUGGAGCAGCAGACCGUCAUGGCCACACACCUUCGCCAAAUUUUGGGCGAGAUGCUGCUGACGGCCCCGCUGGACGGACAGAUCCCCCAGAUGCUUCCCUCGCCUCAGGAGCUGAGGGGAAAGAUUUUGCUGAAAGCCAAGAAAAUCGGCGGGUUGGAAACACACCUCGACGAAACGUUGACUGAUGAAGUCAGCGAUGAAGACGAGAUGGCGAACGAUGAGGCAGAGAGUCCGAGCGCAGAAGAUCCACCGGCGGAAACGGCGAACAAAAAGUCCAAACUGUCCAGGGAGCUGUCAGACCUGGUGGUCUACUGCAAGAGCGCCCACUUUCACGGCUUUGAGCGCGCUCGCUCUCAGGCCAAGUGCUACGAGAUGUCGUCCUUCUCUGAAUCCAAAGCAAAGAAACUCGCUAAGGAUGCAGGGUCAGAGUUCAUUCGGUGCAACACUCGGCAGCUGUCCAGGAUUUACCCCAGCGGCUUGAGGACCGACUCGUCCAACUACAACCCUCAGGACAUGUGGAACGUGGGCUGCCAGAUCGUGGCUCUGAACUUCCAGACGGCCGGCCUGGAAAUGGACCUGAACGACGGCCGCUUCAGGCAGAACGGUUGCUGCGGUUACGUCCUGAAGCCCGACUUCAUGAGAGACGCCGACAGCAGCUUCAGUCCGGACCGACCCGAGGACCGGCCGGGCUACAAGCCGGCCCGCCUGUCCAUCCAGGUGAUCAGCGCGCAGCAGCUGCCCAAGGUCAACCAGAAGGAGGGAUCCAUCGUGGACCCGCUGGUCAGAGUGGAGAUCUACGGCGUCCCUCUGGACCAAACCAAGGAGGAGACCAGCCACAUCAACAACAACGGGUUCAACCCGGUCUGGAACGAGACUCUGAACUUCAUCGUCCACUCGCCUGAGCUGGCGCUGGUCCGCUUCGUGGUGGAGGACCACGACAAAACGUCCAGGAACGACUUCAUCGGACAGUUCACGCUUCCCUUCACCUGCAUCCAGCCAGGCUACCGUCACAUCCACCUGCUGUCCAAAGACGGGACGGCCAUCCCUCCGUCCUCCGUCUUCGUUAACGUCAGCGUCUCAGAGCUCACAUGAAGGUCACAGCGUCUCUGACCUCACAGCUUCACUCCAGUCUUCAUGUUUUAGUGUUUUAGUUGCUUCUAAACUCAUAGAAAACUUUCUAAUGUUCACCGAUUCCCCUGCAGCUCCAGGAACAUCGUUACAUUUUUAUCUGGACUCUAAAGAAUCACCUGCUGGCUGAAGGAAAACUCCAGUGUUACUUUAAGAACAAACAGGAAAAGAGAUGAAAGUGAAUCAUUCCAGUCAGACUGAAGCUUAAAUUUAGACUUUGACUAGGACAUUGCAGCACUUUGGUCCUCAUCUUUUUCUGCCGUUUUGUUGUAGACUGUUGAGGUGUAAAAUGAACAACGCAGGACUCAACUUCUGCAUUUGAUUCUUUUUCUCUGAGAUUUUGAAGCUUAAAGAUCCAGAUUUUAUUGUUUAUUUCACUUGUAAAAUCAACAGAACAGAUUCUGUAGGAAGUUUAGUUUUUAUAAAUUUUAAUGAAACAUUGUUACAUGAACAUUGCCAUGUUGCAAUGCAUGCUGGGUAGAUGAUAUAUGCUAGGUGCUACUAGCUCUGUCCAGCCAGAAAAGUUUGUUUGUGACUUUAGUAACAUUCAACUCUCUGGAUUUGAACCUGAAUGUGUUGAAAUGUAAAGGAAAUGAAGAUGAGGAGGACCAAACAGAGGAAGAGCAGAAAGUCUGAAACAACUGCUGCUAGCAAUGCUAACCAAGGAGAGCGUUAGCUGCUGAGGUUUCUGUUUACGGUUAGCAUCAGGAUCAAGAACGUUUUUUUACAAAGACACUUCACUGUCACUUUAACCAUCCACUCAUAUUUUAAUUUGUUUUGAUAGAAUUAGCGUCUGCUAAUGGUAUUAGCUCUCGCUAAAGCCGUUAGCUCUAGCUAAAGUAUUGAACAGUAGUGGAACAGACAUCUGGUGUUUAGUAGCAGUUGGUCUCAGUUUAAACGUUUCUGUUUUUAGACUCCAGUUGACUGUAAACUACCUGCAUCACCGGACCAGCAUGCAUUGCAGGUGGUAAUAAAGAUGUACGAUUUUUGAAUUCUGAGUUUUCAUUCAUCACAGUUUGUAGGUCAGUAGGAAAAUGUCUGUAUACUCAGUGGUAGAUCUCUGUAACAGCUGCAUGUUAAACCUGCCUGAACUAACAGCAUCAUAACUGGACGACUGUUGGAAACGAAUGUAAAAACUGCCAAAUAUCAGUAUUAUAGAAACAGACCUUAUUAAAAACUGAUGUUCUACCUUA